AUGCUCUUCUCAACAAGCAGCAAUGCUACUGCUCAUAGACCCAACAAUCAGGUAGAGAAUGAAGAGGAAUCUACCAGGGAGGAUGAAGGCAGUGGGGAGCAGCAGAAGAACAAAGAAGCAGUCAGACUCAUCCCUGAAAGAAACUGGACACGGCCCGAUCUGCCCAGUAAAUGCACUUGGCGAUUAGGGGCAUCACUUUCUCAGUCUCCUCACUUUCACUCACUGAGGACAAAGGCACCUAAAAUCUUGCCAGACAUCCUGUGGCAAAUUGGAGACACUCCUUUGGUCCGGUUGAAUAAGAUCCCUAAAGAUUAUGGACUGAAGUGUGAGCUCUUGGCCAAAUGUGAGUUCUUUAAUGCGGGUGGCAGCAUUAAAGAUCGGAUUGCGAUGAGGAUGGUAGAAGAUGCUGAGAGAGCUGGGGUCCUUAAACCUGGUGACACAAUCAUUGAACCAAGCUCCGGCAACACAGGUAUAGGCAUGGCCCUGGUUGCUGCAGUAAAAGGUUAUCGCUGUAUUAUAACAAUGCCCCAGAAGAUGAGUAUGGAAAAGGUGAAUGUCCUAAAGGCACUUGGAGCUGAAAUUGUACGCACACCAAAUUCUGCCUCGUUUGAUUCAGAAGAGUCCCAUAUCGGUGUGGCUUGGUGUUUGAAAAAUAAAAUUCCUAAUUCACACGUCCUUGACCAAUAUCGUAAUCCCAGUAACCCCCUGGCUCACUAUGAAACCACGGCUGAGGAGAUACUGGCUCAGUGUGAUGGUAAAAUUGAUAUGGUGGUUGCUGGAGCAGGCACAGGAGGCACACUCACUGGUGUAGCUCGGAAAUUAAAAGAGCGUUGCCCCAAUAUUAAGGUUGUUGCUGUGGAUCCAGAGGGCUCUGUUCUAAUUGAAUCAAAAGAAAAGAAACUGCACAAACCAUUUGAAGUUGAAGGCAUUGGAUAUGACUUUAUUCCUACUGUGUUGGACAGAUCUAUUAUUGACAUAUGGUAUAAAGUCAGUGACACAGAGACAUUUACUAUGGCACGCAAGCUUAUCAAGAAUGAAGGUCUUUUGUGUGGGGGCAGCAGUGGCUCGGCCAUGGUCGCAGCAGUGAUGAUGGCUCAGCAGCUCAAAGAGGGUCAGCGCUGUGUGGUCAUCUUGAGUGAUUCUGUCCGCAACUACAUGUCAAAGUUCCUCAGUGACCAGUGGAUGUGGGACAAAGACUUCUUCACUCCAGAAGCUCCAGUGGAUGCUAGACCAUGGUGGUGGGACAUCACCGUCCAAAAUCUGCCCCUGUCUACCCCUGUCUCUGUGUCACCAUCAGUCUCCUGCCAAAAGACCAUUGAGGUCCUACAAGAGAAAGGGUUUGAUCAAGUCCCCGUUGUGGAAGACUCAGGCACCAUUUUGGGCGUGGUCACUCUGCAGACCAUUCUCUGCUCCUUGUUGGCUGGUACUGUUGAACUUUCAGAUCAUGUCAACAAGGUGCUCAGCACAAGUUUCAAACAGAUCCAUCUAAGAGACCAUCUGGGAAAACUGUCGCACAUACUCCAGGCCAACCACUUUGCUCUUGUGGUCCAGGAUCAUAUUCAGUGUAACACUGAAGGCUUGUCUUGUCAGAAGCAGAAGAUUUUUGCAGUUGUGACGGCGAUGGACUUUCUUGACUACAUAAUCACACUAGAGGCAGAAUUGUGA